AUGAAUCCCAACAAUCUUACCAUUGCUACAUCUGCUUCUUCUUCAAAUUCAAUUUCCCCAAGAAAAAUGAAUAAAGAUGUUGAAAAGUUAAUUGAUAACAAUCACCAAUGGUGUGAAAGAAUUAAAAAUGAAGAUCCAACAUUCUUUGAAAGAUUGUCAUUGGCUCAAUCACCAAAGUACUUGUGGAUUGGAUGUGCUGACAGUCGUGUGCCAGCCGAAAGAUUGACUGGAUUGGAGCCAGGUGAAUUGUUUGUUCACCGUAACGUCGCCAACUUGGUCGUUCAUACUGAUUUGAACUGUUUGUCCGUCCUCCAAUACGCCGUCGAUGUCCUCAAGGUCGAGCACAUCAUUGUCUGUGGUCAUUAUGGCUGUGGUGGUGUCAUGGCCGCCUAUGACAAUCCAGAGUUGGGUCUUAUCAACAACUGGCUCCUCCACAUUAGAGAUACCAUCUACAAGCAUCAAUCGAUGCUCACCAACCUCUCUCGCAAGAGAUUAGUUGACCUCUUGUGCGAAUUAAAUGUUGUCGAACAAGUCAUGAACAUUGGUAACUCUACCAUUAUGCAAAACGCUUGGAAACGUGGUCAAAAGGUUGAUGUUGUUGGUUUUGUCUAUGGUAUUCAAGAUGGUUAUUUACGUGACCUCGGAAUUACUGCUGAAAAUGCUGAAUCUUUGGAAAAGAACUAUAGACUUUCCAUUGCUAAAUUAUCUGAAGCCAAAACUUUAUCUACCAGUGGUAACGAAUAA